AUGUCAGACUCAGCACCCCCGGCGUCCGAAAAGGACCCGUGGAACAUCAAGAGCAAAGAGAAAUUCGAGACGAAAUCCAAGUCCGAGUUCUACGAUCCGUGCCAAGAGGCAGCGCAGCGAAGUUAUAAAUGUUUAUAUCGGAACGGGGGGGAUAAAUCUAUGUGCGGAGAGUAUUUUCAGGCGUAUCGGGACUGCAAGGCUGCCUGGACCGAGAGGCGAAAGAAGGAACGCGGGGGCAUCUUUGGAUGA